AUGUUCAUCAAGGAGAUUGCAUCCGACUUGACGGUUUUCACAUUAUCGAACGUCAAUGAUGCGAUUUCGUUCAAGCCGCAACUGUGUUUCGAGGUGCCCAGACAGGACUACCAGGCGCUGAAGGAGAACUACAUCAACUUCACAGGCACGUCGAUCAGGAAAAACAGAUCGAGACUGUAUUUCUUGCCCACGAACGUGUCGGAUGAAUUGCAGAAGUUGAAUCCGUCGAUACCGGAGGACGCGAAAAUCGUUCCGAAUGACGGCAAGGUGUACUACAAGAACAGACUGAUCUCGGAGCUGGAUUACGAAAACGUUAAACGAGUGGAGAUAGCAUGCGCGUACAUUGCAUACACUGCGCUGAACACGUUUGUGCAUUUUGAGACCGAGGUGGUGCAGGGCAAGUCGUCGUACUCGGCAGCAAACAAGUCUGGAAACCAGAUCGCGCACAAUCUGUUGAAUAGCAGCAAUAUUAAAAGCCAGGGCGGCAAAGGCCACGCAACCAAGAGUAACAAUUACAACGACAACAGCAGCAGCAACAGCAACAGCAACAGUAAUGAUUAUGAUGAAGAUGAUGAUGGGUCUCCAAGCGAGAGCCUCAUGAAAGCUCUACGAAAGGGCAACAUACUGGGAUUCAGAGAGCUAGGACACGUAGUUGGCAUAACGCCAUGGCAUUUUCACAGAGUCUUCAAAGUUAUCACAGGCCUUACCAUCAGAGAAUACGGUCAACUUUGCGUUGAGUUCAUCAAAAAGAACCAGGAGAUCAUUGACACAUGUAAGGUGAGAGUCGAGCAAAUGAAGACAAAGCAACAAUUCUCAUGCCUAGACGAUGCAGACUUCUUAAAGGAUGGUAGCAUACAGUAUGCCCCAACAGAGGAUGUCGUUUUAUUACAUGAGUAUUUCAUUGACCCUAAUAAAUCGAAAGAAUUCAAGACUAGAAAAAGCUCAAAUUCUAAUAGUCACCCUAACAAUACCCAAACAGACACGACUACUAAUAGUAAUGACAGUAAUAUCAAAAACUCUAAUGAUUUUAAUUCCAAACCCACAAGCACUGCUACUAAUGAUAAUAGAUCUAAUUCGAAUCCAGUCCCCAGCAUCGUGGGCAACUCAAAUUCAAAUCCAACUACCAACUACAGCUAUAAUUCAAACUACGGUUUCAACUCAAAUCCUACUAAUAUUCGAUAUGCAAAUACCAAUAGCUAUGGGGUAUCUACUACCAUGGGUCAAGAAUCUUUUCCGAAGAAAACGUUCAAGAGUAGCGAACAUUUAUCAAAUUUAAAUGAUGAAGUAUCGUCAACAUCCCAGAGGUCUGAAAUUAGAAAGAGGAGAAGUUCUGUGAUGCAUGGUAGGAUGCAACGUGCUGCCCAAAAUUCGAUUACAUCAAAUUCUUUGCUCUAUGAGUGCCUGACAUCACCGCCGGGAGAUCUCAACUUAUCGGAGUACUGUAAUGACAUGGAAAAUAAUGAACUAGAUAAUGGUAAUGAGACGGACACCAGUGGUGCAAGCAGUGUGUGGGAAAAUCAGAAUAAUAUGUUCCCACCUGCGCAAGCAACUAGAUCUGCCUCGCCUUCAACAGCUUCCAGGAAGAAUAGUAUUAUUUCAUUUACAAGUGGUGGUAUACCAUCAGGUAUCCCGUCCGAAAUCGUGCAAAAGAGUCAAACUAACCAUAAAAUCUCCAAAAGGAAAAGCGUAUCCUCAGGGAAUAACAACAAUCAUGAAGCAUUGCAGCAAAAUAUGCUGCACAGAAGGAAUAAAAGUGAUGUCGAAUCAAUAGGCUUAAAUAUGGAACCAUUACAAGCGGAACUAAGUUUAGACUCAAGGCUAUCUUUGUCACCACGCGAAUACCCCAUCGAGUUCAAUUCGAAUGUCUUUAACAAUUUACAGUCACCGACAACAGCGUCAACGACGUCCAAGUCCAAACAUGACAGCAUAAGAGAUACGGGUGAUAAUGGAUUUUUCAACGGCGACAUUACCAAUGGGCUUGAUUUUACUGUUAACGACAGUUCUAUCGACUACAAUAUGAUGAGUAUGUCAAAUGUAACACCAAUGGCAAAUAACGACGGCACAAAUAUAAUGAAUCCAACAUCAAUGGCUGAUAUUUCACUCUUUGAUAAUUCUCUGAUGGAUCAAACACCAGUUUCCAAUUCAAAUAAUAAUGCUGAUUCCGGAAUAAGUUCCAUGCUGGGAAGUUCAGGGCUAGCGUUACGCAGUAAAAACCAGGGCGGUAAUGGUGUUAAAUUUGAAAAUCAAGAUAUUCAACUAGACGCUCUUUUAAAUGACGCAAACAUUCUAUAUGACGGGAAUUCUUUAACUCCGUCAGCUACUAGUAUACUCAGUUCCAUGGAUAAUGGCAAGCUGAUGGCCGACCUAGGUAGUAUGGUGCCCAAAAGUGCCAACAAUGGAAGUGCCAGAAAUAGCAGUAAAAAUCUAGCGUCGCUGAGCGGCGUUCCAUCUAACAAUAGUAAGGUCAGCCAUAACAAUUUUAAAAUGACUCCUGCGGGAUUGGAUUCUGCAGAUCCACCGAUUAGAUUAACGGACCAUCAAUCAGGCCCAGAUUACUUUUUCAAUCCAGGAAAUUGUAUAGAUGACGAGGCCGGUUUGUUGUUUGAUUCCAACGGGUUACUCACGGGCAGCGAUGGGCUUGUAUUACCAAGAGAUGCAACUAAUUUGCACACAACCACAACUGCUAACGCGGGAAACAGUAACGAUCAAUCCUUAUACGAUUUUUGA